AUGUCGUUGAUUGUCAGAAAUAUAUCAAGCAUUAGAGAAGAAUGGAGAUAACUCAUGAAAAAGAAGAUUAAAAAAACCAAAAGAAAGAAUUAAUAUACUAUACCAUAUAAGUUUGAUGAUGAUAUUUAGAACGCUCAAUAGAAAGAUGAUUCGUUGUUGAUUGUUUAAAAUAUACCGGCAACAAUCCCAAAUAACAAUGUUUUUAGAUUAAAAAACAACAUUUAGUUUUCUUUAAAUAUAACUAAGGAUCACUCACUUGGUUCGCUAUUUGUGGACCCUCAUUCUAACAAUUAUAAAAUUGUUAGAAUAGAUAAAAGGAAAAACCUAUUCAUACUUACUUUAGAUUAAAUAGAUAGACCUAUUACCCCAACUGAAGUUCUGUAUUCUAUAUUUAGAGAUAGAAACUCAGAAUUAGCCAAAGCAUUUAUGUAAUAUAAUAAUAGAAACCUUGAUCCAACAAAUUUCAAACUUCGCGCAAUGUAAGAAAUGCUGGAUUUUGAAUAACAGAUUAAAGGCAAGCCUUAUGCAGUUUAUGUAAAUAUUUAUAAGGACGGCAUAUGGAAAACAUUUUAAAAGAUUUAUAGCUAAGAAAUACUACAAGUUUAGGGUAUAUCAGAGGACAUGCUCUUUCACUAUUGCAAUGAAACUAAUUUAAUCCCCAUUAGUGCUUAUUUUGAUGAGAAUGAUGAACAAUUGAAUGUUUUUUAUAAAAUUUUUAAAGGAAUUGUUGGCCAAUAAUCAAUAAAAAGAGAAUAUAUGAAUUACAAUGGAGAGCAAUUUACUGCGUCUCUCACAGUUUAAUGUUUCUUUAUAUAUGAUGAAGAAAAGGAUAUUUUAUUCGAUUAUACAUACUUUGUGACAGAUUGUGACAAAAAAUGGUUAUCAUAGGAGAGAGUCAAAUAGAAUGAGUUAGAAUAUUUUAAUAUCAAACCAAACUCUAGUUCGACAGAAGAGUCCUUUUAUUAAGAGCCAUUAAGAAGAUGUGGAUUCAAAAUUAUAAAUCAGAAGUGA